AUGGUAGCAAACGACACAAGAACAUUAAACAAGCUUGUGAUUUACAGGCCACCAGGGAACAUAAUUAGCCAGAGUGAGCUUGUAUCCCUGUGGGAGAAGAAAACAGGGACCACUUUUAAGAGAGUUUUUAUGUCAGAAUCUGACAUGAUCAAUCUCUCAGAGACUCUGCCUCAUCCGGAUAACAUUCCGGUUUGUGUUUUGCACAAUAUAUUUGUGAAAGGCGACCAGGCGAACUUCGAAUUAGGAGAAGAAGAGCUGGAGGCUUCGAGGCUCUACCCAGACUAUAAAUACACCCCCAUAGAAGCAUUCCUUGACGCAUCAAUCAGUGCUCCCUGCCACACAAAACUUACUUCCUUUGCCUGA